UGCAAACUUGCCGUUUCCAAGCUUUCGCCAUUUGGGGUAAAAACGCUUCUCUCUUUAGCUUUUCCUCUCUCUCUCUCUCUCUCUCAAACACACAGACACUAUUUGCCCCUUUAUCUUCUCCCCCAAUCUAAUUUUGGCAACCCACCUCUUUCCCAACAAGAGAGAUAGAGAGAGACCCAGAAAGACCACUCCUUUUCUUGAUUUUAGAGAGAGGGGGAGGGAGGCAGAGACAAAACCCAGAAAAUUCUUCAUUUCUUAUGAAUUGGGUAGUCUAAAGCUUUGGCCUUUAGGCUUUUGGGUAGUCUAAAGCUCUGGCCUUUAGGCUUUUUUUUGGGGGGUUGGGUUAUUAAUUGGUUUUGGCUUUCUGGGUUUUUUGGGGGUUAUGAAGAAAAAAAUGGGUAGGGGGAAGAUUGAGAUCAAGAAGAUUGAGAACACCAACAGUAGACAAGUCACAUUCUCAAAGAGGCGUGCUGGAUUACUCAAGAAAGCUCAGGAAUUGGCUAUUCUCUGCGAUGCUGAGGUUGCUGUCAUCGUCUUCUCUAACACUGGCAAGCUUUUUGAGUUUUCCAGUGCUGGUAUGAAGCAAACUAUUGCAAGAUACAGCAAGUGUUAUGAGUCUUCAGAGACCGCUCUGGUAGAAUCAAGGGCAGAGGAGGAUGACCCUAAGGAUGUGGAUGUUCUAAAAGAUGAACUUGAGAAGCUACAACAGAAUCAAUUGCGUCUGUUGGGCAAUGACUUGUCUAGUUUGAGCUUGACAGAAUUGCAGAAACUAGAAAAUCAAUUAACUGAAGGAUUAUUUUCAGUGAAGGAGAAAAAGGACAAAUUACUGAUGGAGCAACUAGAGCAAUCAAGAGUAAAGGAACAGCGUGCUAUACACGAGAAUGAAACCUUGCGCAAACAGGUUGAGGAGCUUCAGCGUUUAUUUCCCCAAGCUGAUCAUGCAGUUCCAUCUUAUCUCGACUAUUGUCCUGUAGAAAAACAGAACUCCCCUGUGUACCAUGGUGCCAAAAGCCCCGAUUUGGUCAGCAAUUUCGCAAUUGACAAUGGAGAUUCUGACACUACAUUGCAAUUAGGGCUGCCAAGCGAUACAUAUCGCAAGAGGAAGGCUCCAGAAAGAGAAAGCCACUCUAAUGACUCAGGGAGCCAACUAGGCCUGUAAUUGUUCCGGAGUUUCUCUUUGCCAUAGGAUCAACAGGUUCUGGAGUUGGAAUUUGAUACAGUUGAGAGUCUAGAUUAGCAGUGUUCGUUGAUAGUGCAGUAAGUAACUUGGAAAAGAGAGUAGAAUCCCUAGGUGACCUCAAAAUCAUAGAAGUUGAUUCUGUUGGUGGAGACUAAGUUUGUGUAGUUAGUUUUACUAGUUUUUUCAAGUAAUUUACUCUAAGGCUAGAAGAAGGAAAAUGUAUUUUGGUUAUUGCUCUUGCAAAUUGUAGCUACCUUUCCUUAGUUGGAUGAAUAUCUCUAGUGUACCUAGAGUACUUUUAGAAGUUGCUUAAAUGUCAGCCUUAAUUCUAAAAGGUUAAAGGUUCUACUUAUUCUCCUA